AUGGACAGCGGAUCAACCUCUGGCUCUGUCCCCAGGACUAUUAUUGACAUUCAGAAAGAACUUUACAGAAAAGCCCUCUAUAGUGAAGCGUUUACAAAGAAGGGGAGCAAUAGCUAUCCCUUCAACAUAGAGCCCUUUGGUCCUGAACGCGAUCGUCUAGCUCUUCCCUUUACAGACGAGGACAGGGCGUUAAGAAAGCAAUGGCUCAAGGACCAGGUUCUAUCGGAGCGUGAGCCAGUUUAUGUCCCAGAGUAUAGCCGUGUGAAUAUAUUUAGGAGGUUGUACCGAAUGCCUUAUGACGCACUUGCCAAUGUCGUCCGACCUGUAUUCGGUGUAAGCGUCGCGAAUACGUUUAGAUUUUGCUUCCCUAAAAUCAUGGGGGGCCUUACUAUUACCUGGCUCCUUUGGUAUCAUAUCAAAUACUCUGGCAGAGUAAGACCAUAUUUUAUAUCAAUUUUCCAGACCUGGGAGACUGGCUUAAAAGGCAUAAAAGUCUACCGCGGAUCUCGACCUGUUACUUAUCCGGGCGAUCCUCAAUUCCCUGGGCCAAGUUAUGCUGACGAUCAGUACGCAUUGGAAGGAUUUUAUCAAAGGAAGUCUUUCCUAGGUGAAAAACUCGUGACAAGCGGGGCAUAA